GCGAGACGACCAAGAUUUACCCAGAAACCACCUACAAGUCGCGGCCCCCAAGCGACACCCAACGGUUCUUCAGCUAUCUACCACAUAGGAACACGUUUCACCCUUUUGCCAAUUCUUCGGCUUUCGGAUUAUUUACUACCUACUACUACCAUAUGCGAGAUCCCAGGAAGCAGCGCAUCAUCAGCAGGGGUCUCGUUCUCUUUGCGAUCGUCCAGCUCAUCACCCCGAAGCAAUCACCUUCACCUUCCCUCUCCCUCUCGUCGAAUUCCAAUUUCCAUUCCAAUAAUCAUUCAUCAACAUGGCGGUCCCAAAGAUGACCAAGAACCAAAUGCGGCGGGCCAAGAAGAAGGAGCAGAAGAAGGCACAAGCAGAGGUUGCCACGAAGACAUCAGAAGCUACCCAAGACCAAAAGCCCGAAGAGAUCGUCAACGGCGAACAAGAGCAAUCCGCUGCAGCCGCGCCCGAUGUGACGAAAGAGAACGACUCAAACGAUGCCGAUACCAAUGGUGCACCGCAACAAGAACAAGAACCCGCCGAGGUCGAAGAUGCACAGGUCGAACCCGACUACGACGACCAGGCCCUGUCCCUCUAUAGAGACGUCUUCAAAAGGUUCGGCGCGUCAUUGGAAGAAGACGACGUCGCGAAAGAAGCCAACGCCGGCAACACCGGUGAAGUGUUCUUCAACGAGGACGACGAAAUCCCAAGCGAAGACGAGGAAAACCAGGGCGGCCAGACCAGGUUAUCCAAGAAGAAGCGCAAGCAGCUCAACAAGCUCUCCAUCGCCGAACUCAAAGCCCUGGUCAAGAUCCCCGAGGUUGUCGAGUGGCAAGACGUGUCGUCCUCGGAUCCGCGCUUGCUCGUGCAGAUCAAGGCCCAGCGGAACGUCGUCCCCGUCCCCACCCACUGGUCGCUCAAGAGAGAAUACCUCUCGUCCAAGCGCGGCAUCGAGAAGCCCCCCUUCAGGUUGCCCGCCUUCAUUGCCGAGACGGGCAUCACCGAGAUGCGGGACGCCGUGCUGGAGAAGCAGGAGCAGCAGUCGCUGAAGCAGAAGCAGCGAGAGAGAGUCGCCCCGAAAAUGGGCAAGCUGGACAUCGACUACCAAAAACUAUACGACGCCUUCUUCCGCUUCCAGACCAAACCCCCGCUCACCCGCUUCGGCGAGGUCUACUACGAGGGCAAAGAGAACGAGGGGGAUUUCCAGCACUUCCGCGCCGGCGAGCUCUCCGAGGGCACCAAAGAAGCCCUCGGCAUGCCACCCGGCGCUCCGCCCCCCUGGCUCAUCAAUCAGCAGCGAUACGGGCCCCCUCCGUCGUAUCCGACCCUCAAGAUCCCCGGCCUCAACGCUCCCCCGCCGCCCGGCGGCUCCUGGGGGUUCCAUCCUGGCGGUUGGGGCAAGCCCCCCGUCGACGAGUUCAACCGGCCGCUCUACGGCGGCGACAUCUUCGGCCUCGGUAACCAGGCAGCGGUGGCGGCGGCGGGUGCCACGGGUGCCACGGGUGCCGCGCCUGGCGGACCCCAAGCGCAACCGGCGGUCGUCGCCCAACCCCUACCGACCAGCGAACCGGCCGACAAGACCCUGUGGGGCGAACUGCAACCAAGGGAAGAAGAAGAGGAAGAGGAAGAAGAGGAAGAAGAGGAGUCGGACGAGGAGGAAGACCAAGACAUGCCCGGCGGCGGCACCGAGACCUCCACCGGCCUGGAGACGCCCGCGGGGAUGGCCUCCAGCGUACCGACCGACUUUGCGGGCCACGGCGUCGAGACGUCCAUCGCCGGCGAGCUCGACCUGCGCAAGCAGCGCCGCGGCUUCGACACGGAGGAGAGCUCCCACCCGCGCGCCGCCUACCAGGUCAUCCCCGAACGCCAGCAGCGCACCGAUGGCUUUUUCGGCAGCGACCGCGUCUACGAGCUCCCCGCCCAGCAGCAGCAGCAGCGGUCCGCAAGCGGUGCCCCCCACCUCCCCGUGCUCGGGCAGGAAGACGACGGCGGGCGCAAGCGCAAGAAGCCCGGCGACGUGGACGUGGCGCUCGACCCGGAGAGCUUGCAGAGCCACGACGGCAUCGGCAAGGAGGAGUUGCAGCGGCGGUUCGAGGAGGGCCGCCGCCAGGAGGGCGUCGGCGCCAAGUGGAGCUACGAGGAGGACCUGUCCGAGAUGAUCGCCCAGGAGUCCCGGAAGCGGCAGAAGGUGGAAGAGAAGCGGAAUGAGAAGAAGAAGGAGACCAAGUACAGGUUCUAAAAGAAAAGAAGAAAAAGAAAGAAGAAAAAAAAAACGGAGGAGCGUUAGGGGGGUUGAAGCCGCGUGUGAUCGAUCCCCGUGACUAGGGCGGACCUGCGGUCUUGCGUUGUAUCAUGUCAGAGUCUUUCCUUUUGCCUUUUUCCCUUUAUUCCUUUUUCAUUCUUUUUUUUCUACUUAAAACGGGCGAUGCUCCCCGUUGGUUCAAUGGCGUUCUAGGAUGGACGGCGGUGGGCGGGAGAGCAAAAAUCAGAAAAACAGAUCACCACCCUAUAUGUGACGAUAUGCAGUUGUCUCUGAAUUCAAGCCUUCUGGAACAGGGACAGGGGGAAUGCUUACAUUGUAUUACCUUACUUCGACAAUGAUGCCUACAACUACAUGUAGCUGGUUACUAACUGCCUUACCUAGGAUGUGGGCAUCACGCUGAUCAACCAACCUAGGCAAGACAGACUCCAUAUUCGUCUCCGAGCGGG